AUGGCCGUCCAGACCCCCAAACAAAGACUGGCAAACGAAAGGUUCGCCAGGAGAAAUGAAAAGUACAGAAAGUUUGGUCAGAAAAAGUCCAAGGAUGAAACAAAGUCCACAUUUGCAGUGUCGAGACCGUGGUUACUGUUGCUAGCUUUCUUGCUGGUCGGCGGCGGGAUCAUCGAAUUGAUCAGUUAUCUGCUAUAA